AUGCCGCAGCAAGGAGCUUUUCUGAAGAAAGGAAAGCCCCUAGACUCUAACGACAUAGCCAAGUGCCAAUACCAGGAUAUCAAGUCGUACUUCAUGGAGGCAAAUAUGCUUGAUGAGCCGGAAGCGGCACGGGUGCCGGACGCAAAUGAAAUGGGACAGCAUGUGCCUGAGAUCGUGUUGUUCAUCUCCAAAUCCGCCAACGAUGAGGUGAGUCCAGUCAAUGACGCGGAUGCCCUGGUCCCUUUCUACUGUGACUCCGGCGCGAGAGUGGAAUAUUUGCGGGAUGAAUUGUCAGAUCAUGCGACAAUGGCGCUCACCGGUGUCCCCGAUGUGCUGUUCUGGUUGCAGGAUCGCAUGAUGGGGUUCCUGUUGAUGCCAGCUGGAGGACGAAAAUCGUUCUCACAGGACUGA